CCCCCUCCACCACCCAUCGCUCCUACCUACCGGCAGUUCUACAGCCUCAUCCCGCUGCGUCCCCGCUUGGCAUACCUUCUUCCGGCACUCGCCGCCUCAUUCAUUGGCGCGGGAGUACAGCCAUUCGUAUCAACCGUCAUUGGAGACACCUUUGGCGCUCUUGCCGCCUUUCCGCCUUACUCAGUUGCGACGCAUGCGCAUAACGUCGCGCUCCUGAACGUCGUCGGCACCGCGAGCCUCAAGCUUGCCGGCGCGGCCGGCGUCUAUGCCCUCUGCGAAUACGGCAUGGCGGUAGGCUGGACGCACUUUGGUGAGACGAGCGCAGCAUGCCUCCGCGAGCGGGUGUACGAGGGCGUGCGGACCAAGCCUAUGGCGUGGUACGACACGGGGAUGGGCAUGGAGGAGGCGGUGGCGGGGGGCGAUGCGGUGGGUUCCGGCGGUCUAAUGGGCAAGUUUGCGCGCGAAACCGACGACGUGCGCCUCGGCGCGAGCCAAGCUACAGGCCUCUUCGUGCAGAGCAUGGCAAGCUUUUUGGCUUGCUUCAUUCUCGCGCUGGUCAAGCUGCCGACGCUGGCGCUCGUGACGCUGUCAUCACUCCCGCUCCUGGCAGCGCUCAACGCCAGCACCGAGCGCGUGGUGAACAAGUCACAGGUGGCCGAGCGGCGCGCGUUCGCCGAGGCGUCUACGACGGCGGAGCGCACGACAGCCGCCAUCGCGACAGUUAAGGCGCACAACGCGCAGUCGGCCGAGGAGGUGCGAUUCGAGACGCUCGUCGCGCGCGCACGCGCCCAGCUUGUGCGUCAAGCGCUCGUUUGGGCACAGUGCCUUGCCCUCAACGACUUCCUCGUCAUGCUCAUGUUCAUCGUUGGGUUCUGGUACGGCGCCAUCCUCGUCAACCAGGACAAGGCUUCCGUUGCAGAGGUCAUGACGGUCUUCUUCUCCUGCCUGCUCGGCGCAGCGGCGCUGCAGGGCGCCCCGCCCCAGCUCAUGAUCAUGAACAAGGCCAAGGCGUCGCUUGCCUCCCUUCUCUCCGUCAUUCAAGAUACGGAGGAGGCCGUGCCGGUAGGCCGCAAGGCCGCCCGCUUGCGGGGCGAGUUCGAGUUCAAAGCUGUCUUCUUUGCUUAUCCCUCGAGGCCCAGACAGCUCGUGUUGCGCGGCAUCGAUCUUUUCCUUCCAUGUGGCGAGCUGACGUUUAUCGUUGGCGGAAGCGGAAGCGGCAAGAGCACCAUCGCACACCUUCUGCUGCGCCUUUACUCCCCACCUGAAGGCGCGGGCGUAAUCAACCUUGACGAGAGACCGCUCUCGUCCUACGACCCAGCAUUUACGAAAGGACACAUCGCUGCUGUGUCGCAAGGAUGCCUCAUCUUCGACAUGAGCGUGCACGACAAUGUCGCCAUGGGCGUGCUCGGCGCGGAUGCAAGCACAUACGGCCGCGUACGUCGGCCGGAAGAGGUGACGCGCGACGAGGUCAUCGACGCGUGCCGCUUGGCGCUGAUCCAUGAAUUCAUCGAAAGUCUUCCGCAGGGGUAUGACACAAUGCUGGGCAAUGGUGGGAGUGCGCUGAGCGGGGGACAGAAACAGCGGCUGGCGAUUGCGCGCGCGCGCAUCCGCGACCCGGCAGUCCUGAUUCUGGACGAGGCCACAGCCGCUCUGGACGCAACGGCCCGUGUGGAAGUCUUCGAGGCGGUGCGCGCUUGGCGUGAGCACUCGUCAACGAUCGUGAUUACACACGACCUCUCGCAAAUCAACGCCGACGACUUUGUCUACGUCAUGCAAGACGGGAGCGUGGUGCAACAGGGAUUCCGGCGCGACCUCGUGCUGGUGCAGGGCGUAUUCGCAUCCAUGGCCGCUGAGCAGAGCGCCGCGCCCCUUGAGCCCAAGCUCGACUUUAGCUGGCGCGCGGCGGCUGACGUCGAUGUCGACGAGGAGGACGACGAGGAGGACUUGGACGAGCUUGCGCGCAUACACACGACGACGUGGCGCGUCAGCAUGCGGCCCGCGCCAGCCAAGCGGCGCACCAUGGCACGGCCGCGAAGCAUCUCGCUCAGCCGCGCACGAGCAGGGAGCCUUAGCGAGGCUCCGGAGCGGUGGAGAUCGAGCGCAACCAGCCUGUCGCACGUGGCGAGGAAUGCGGGGGUCAGCGUUGUCUCCUCGAUCCCCCUCAAGCUCAAGCGCAGUGGCGAGCACCGCCGCUCCAUUGAAGUGCGCAGAAGCGUCGACCUACGCAUUUCGAUUGACAAGGAGGCACUCGCAGAAGACGACAAGGAAGUGCUUGCCGACGACCACGCAGAGGUACUUGCAGACAACGGGGUCAAUGACUCGAACUCCGAGAAGCCGCAAAUCUCGCCUCCGGAGCGUCACUCAUCUCUGGCAUGGGGCGGCGCGGACAUCAGGAGAGAAGUCGACGUCGACACCGACGCCGAAGACGACGCCGAGCUCAAAGUCUAUGGUUUCUUCCGCCUCAUGUGGCGCUUUUUUCCAAGCAUCCCGCACAAAGGUGUCCUGGUCCUCGGCACACUGGCCUCAAUCGGGCGAGGCGUCGCCACACCCGUGUGGUCCUACUUCCUCGCGCAACUCAUGGCGCUGCUGGGUAGCAGCACGAACCGCGCCGUCGCGGAAAAGUCAGGCAUUCUGAUCGGUAUUAUUGUAGCGCAGGGGCUUGUGGUUUUCACGCAGCACGCGUCGCUCGCCUCUCUCGGCGCCGUGUGGACCGCGCGCCUGCGCUCGCGAUCCUACGCCCUCGUCCUGGCGCAAGACAAGGGCUGGUUCGACCGCGAGGCCAACUCGCCUCCUCGUCUCGUGCAAGGCCUCAUCAAAGAUGUCGAUGACAUGCGUCACCUCGUCGCGACCGUGCUUCCGCGCAUCAUCGUUGCGGUCUGUAUGGUUGCCCUUGGCUUUAUCUGGGCCAUGGCCGUUGGCUGGCAGCUCACGCUUGUCGGCCUCGGCCUUCUUCCCGUGUUCGCUGUCAUCGGCGUAGCUAGCACCGUGCUCCUCUCCAGGGCCGAGGUGUACAACAAGGCGCGGCGCGAGUCGGUCUCGCGGCUCUUUUUCGAAGCUGUCGCGAACGUCCGCGGCAUUCGUGCCAUGGCUCUCGAGCAAAGCUUUACGCAGCGCUUCGCUGCUGAGUCGGCCGAAGCGCGGCGGCACGCACAGCGCGCAAUUUGGACAACGGCCAUCGGCACCAGCAUCAAUAUGAGCAUGCCGCUGUUUGCACAGGCCCUUUUGAACUACGUCGGCGCAGUCUUUAUCCGCAACGGGACCAUGGUCCUCGCAGAUAUGCUGAAGGUAUACACGCUUGUGCUCUUCAGUGUGACCUUUGCCGUCUCUCUUCUCGGCUUCAUGCCGCUCCUGACCAAGGCCAAAGUCGCCGCAGCGGACUUCGAGCGCAUCCGCACGCUUUCACCUACGACGUCCGACUCGCACGGUACGGCGCACUUCGAACUCUCCGGCGCCGUGGCCUUCCACAACGUGUCGUUCCGCUACCCGACCCGCCCUGACCCCGUGUUCGCCGACCUCUCCUUCGCUCUGAAGCCCGGGGAGGCCGUCGCGAUCGUGGGUGCCAGCGGAGCGGGGAAGAGCACAGUUGCCGCCCUCCUGCAGCGCCUGUACGCUCCGUCAUCGGGGCGCAUCACACUCGGCAUCACACUCGGCGGCGUCGACGGUGAACACGACCUCGCCACGGCCGACAUCCGUGGCGUGCGCGACGGCAUCGCGGUCGUCGCGCAAACGCCGCACCUCUUCGAUGCCAGCGUCGCGGAUAAUAUCCGCUAUGGGCGGGCGGAAGCGACUCUCGAGGACGUGGUGGCGGCCGCCAAGGCGGCGCGGAUCCACGAUUUCGUUAUCAGCCUGCCGGAGGGAUAUGAGACGCGGCUCGGAGAAAAUGCCUCGCUCAUUAGCGGCGGGCAGGCUCAGCGGUUGCAGAUAGCACGCGCGAUGCUCCGCCGCGCCAAGAUUCUCAUCCUGGACGAAGCCACGAGUGCGCUCGAUCUUGAAAACCAGGCGGGGAUUCUGGACAUGAUCCUCGCGAUCAAAAAGGACCAUACUAUCAUGUUCAUCACGCACAGCAUUGAUGUCAUGCGGCGAUGCGACCGAAUCAUCUGUCUGGGCAAUGGUCGGGUCGCAGAGGAUGGUACAUAUGCCAGCCUUCUGGCUCGCGGGGGCGUGUUUGCUCAGCUGCUCAAGACCGGCGAGUGGCAAUAG